CUCAAUAGUAUUACUUGCAAGUGGUAUUAAUAAGCUUAAAGUAUUGUCAAAUGACGACUUUGAACCACCAGAAGCAACUACCAACUAUAAUGAACUACCAGAAGACAACACUAAUGACACAUCAGGAGCAACUACAAAUGACCUGCUAGAAGCAACUACCAAUAAUCUACCAGGAGCACCCACCACCAAUAAGCUACUACAGCCACAAACACGAAAUGUGUUGAGCGAAAUUGAGCUGUAA